AUGUCCUUGAAGGAUGGUACACUCUCAAAUGAUCAACUUCAACCAAUGUUACAAGCAUCAUUCCGUAUCAAUAUUGAAUGUACAAAGAGGAGACCAACUGCAAACUGCAUUGACAAUCCAGAUUGUUUACAUAAUAUGGGACAGAAUGAAGUUGGGAUUGAGGAUGAGGAGGAUGAGGAUUAUGUAAAGACUACUAUAAUGAGACUGCAUCACAAGGAUAUACUUAGACAUGCAAAGAGAGUUGACAAUACACCAAUGGGUCUGCGCAAUCUAGGCGCUACAUGUUACCUCAAUAGUGUACUUCAAGUACUCUUCAUGAACACACACUUUCGUCGACAGAUACUAUCAUUCAAGUUGAAGUUGCCAGCACAUCAACCUCAGCCUCAGCCCGAUCAUCAAUCAAACAAUGGAGCAAAUGAAGUUGUGAUCGAUAUCAAACCAGAUGACCAUGUCAAGGCUGAUAGCAAUGGUAAUGGUAAUGGCAACGGCAAUGGAAAUGGCAACGGCAAUGGCAAUGACAAGACAGGCUUCCUUCAUCAGUUACAAUCACUCUUCUAUUGCAUGCAACAGUCGGCUAGGAAGGUCGUGGACCCAUCGCCACUCGUUCAUUGUCUUCAGAUUGCUAGCGAUCUUCAACAGGACCCACUGGAGUUCUUCAACUUGUUCAUUGGACUGUUAUCCUCACGUCUUGACCAUCACCUGAUCGACCAACUCUACCAAGGCCAAUACCAACACGUCUCCUACUGCACUGGCUGCAAGAAGAGCUCCUCAGUAUCAAGUACAUUCUACGACGUAUCACUACGAACUGAUAACAUGAAGACAUUGAAGCAAUCAUUGGACGACUAUGUGGCCAAGGAGACACUGAGCUUUCAGUGUAGACAUUGUAUGAAGAAUCAGGAGUUCCAGAGAUCGACACAACUCACAAAGCUGCCGCUGCACUUCAACAUGCUGUUGACGAGAUAUGUGUUUGAUCGCGAGACAUCAAAGAAGAAGAAGUUGAGCGAUCCUUAUAUAUUCCCACUCGAGUUGGAGUUGGCUCCCUACACAUCAACAUCAUCCUCUACUACCAGUGGCAAGGAUGAAGCAGCGGCAAUGGAUGUCGAUGUGGACAUUGAUCAAACAUCUGAUACACUCUACGAGCUGACUGCAAUCCUAAUGCACAAAGGUGUUGUGGUCUCCAGUGGACAUUAUGUGGCGCAUAUCAAGAAUGAAGUUACUGGAGAGUGGUGGGAGUUUGACGAUGAGGACAUCACAAAGAUACCUAACGAGAGAAUUGGAAAGGAUCAAUUGGGCGAGAAGAGGAAGGCAAAGGAUAUUAAGGAGGGAACGGUCACUUCACAUAGCGCAUAUAUGUUGAUAUACUCAAAGAAGAAUAGGACUGUGUAUCAACAACAGUCUCCACUGGCACCACACAAUCAAACUGUGUUGGAGGAGUUCACAGAAUCAGAGCAAUCAUUCAUCAAAGAUGUGGAGGAGUUCCAGAAGUCUAUAGACGUGGCCGUUGAGAAAUGGAGACAGAGGAAGGACAUCGUGCGUAAUCUUGAACCAAUCAUGCAGUUCAAGGAGGAGCAGGAGCAGGAGCAGGUGGAGGAUGUGGAUGUGGACGAGGAUGAGAAGAAGAAGAAGAAUGAUGUAUUGGCCAAGCCUUACUAUUGGAUCGAGAGUGAGUGGCUGGCAAACUGGAUUGGUGGCCUUGAGAAUGGACCCAUCGACAACUCAAGUCUGCUGUGUGAGCAUGCCUCGCUCGAUCCCAACAAGCUGACGAGUAUGAAGCGUGUGAGCAAGGAGUUCUGGGACAUCCUGUACGACAUGCACAAGGGCUCGCCGAAAUUAUCCAACGACAGUUACUGCAAGACCUGUCUAUUCAGUCUGCUCAGCACGACCAAGGACAAGUCCGAUGGCACAUCACUCAAAGAGCAACUAUUAGCCAAUGACCGUGCGGUCAAAGGUCGCAAGCAAGGCUACUACAUAUCCAAACAAUGGUUCAAAGAAUGGUCAAAGAAGAACUGUGAUGAACAAUCAUUGAUGGAGAAGGGUGCAUUGGUGGAUAUAUUGUGUGAUCAUGAUCAGUUGGGCAUAUAUGAUGGCGAGAGAAAGAUUGUUGGGGAGGAGCUGUGGCAACAUAUCAAGUCCAACUCACUUCGCCAGCUGAAGGAUCUCAAGACUGACGAAUGCGAGGAAUGCCCCAAGUGCUUGGAGGAGGACAUACUCAGACAGCAAGUGACUGGUCGCAUCAAAAGUGAGAGGUCCAAACUGAGGGAGCUGGUAGCGAUGCUCAAGAAUGGACAAUACAAGUCUAACUUUGGAAGUGGACAACAUUACUUGGUGGCAAAUGGAUGGCUGGAUACAUGGUGGAAGUAUAUCAAUGAGGAGGAGAACUCUGUGCAUCCUGGACAACUGGACAACAGCUCAUUGCUCUGCGAUCAUGCUAUGCUGGCCUACCAUAUCGAGGACUUGGCAAAGCUAAAGGUGGACCUUCAGAGUCAGUUCUUACUGGCUGAUACACCCACUCAAGCCAUACCAUUCAACGUUGUGCCGGCCACUGUCUGGAGGAUAUUGGUCGAUAUUUAUGGGUUGGUUGGCAAGGAUCAAGGUGUUGGUGUGGAGAUCGCCAUUGCGAAUGGAGAGGUCGACACGCCACAAUGUGCAGACUGUCACAAGGCCAAGGAUGAGCAGUUCCAACAAAAGCAAGUGGCAUUCGAGCAAGAGACACUCUACCUUCACAUCAUCAAAGACAAAGACAACGAGAAGGAUGAGAAGUAUUACAAGUACCCUCCAAUCACUAAGAGAACAUACAAACGAAUGGAGAUAUCACCUGUGGACAAUACAUAUACGGUGGAGCAGCUUAAGUUACUGAUUUGCACGAUUACGAUGGUUCCGACAUUCCAACAGCAAUUGUAUAUUAACAAUGGUACGGCUUUGAAUAAGGAUAUGAACCUGUUGUCAUCCUACGGAUUGGUUCCCAAGCAAGCCAUAGUGAUGAAGCAAUCGGACGACCUGGAUGGUUUCUUCAUGGACGAAGAGACAGAGGCUGGAUUCAAAGGAUCGAUCAUGUUAUAA